UGUAGUAAGCUGAGACGCAACUCUACGUCCAAUACGACAUGAAAUUGUACAAUAUAAUUUAGUUUUAGCCGUUUUUUCUCAGCAAAUAUGCGAAGACGUUCCAAGCAAGUUGCAGAGGCUCAUCCGUUGGAUGGUGUGCGCUCAAUGUGGGAAUUUCUUUUUAUUUCUCAAUUCCUCCGGUUCUUCCAAGAAAAGCUAGGCUUUGUGCACUUGGAUAUAGGGGAACUUGAGAAUGCUUUCCUGGAAGCCGAAAAUUAUCCAGUAUUUAGCAUAUUUGCACGUCUACUAAGGGUUCUUCUUGGACGAUGCGAUGUGAGAAUUUCCAACUGGGAAGAGACGUUAAAGGUUGAACUAGAGGAACGAGGGGCAGAACCGAAUCCUUUGGAAGAUGGAAAUUAUUCAGAAUUGGCUCCUGGAGAUAGGGUCUUUCUUCUUAAAUGCAUAAUCGAUUAUAUCUGCGAUAGUGAUGAAGAGAAAUUCAGCGAGAUGAAAGAAUUUAAAGACGAUUUCACCAAUCCUGAAGAGAGAAAACCAAUUGGACAAGAUACACAGGGAUACACGUACUGGUAUUUUGAUGAUUUGAGACUUUACCGAGAAAAAUCAACAAGGAAAGGCUGGGCUACUGUUUGUACGACGACCGAGGACUGGGAAAACGUAAUCAAGUCAUUGCAAAAGAACAAAGAGAACGAGAAGAAACUACGCGAAUAUCUGCAAGAUGAACUUUAUCCGUCUGUUGAACCUCUUUUAAAGGAAWAUGAAAAAGAAGAGGAUUUAAAAUCAAGGAAGAAGAAGACAAAGUCAAACAAGUCUAAAAAAGCCGAGAAGCAACGAAACAUGGAAAACGAACAUCGGAAGAAAGGACGGCGGAAGCGGGAAAUCGAACAGGAAACCUCGAGUCCUGAGUCGAGUGACGACAUCGAGAGAGACUAUAAAGGGGAAAAUGAAGAUUUGGAAAAUCGAAUCUCUGAUGAAUUGGAUCAGCAGGAAAGUCUUUUGUCCGCUGAGGAUCUGCAAGGUGACAUGAUGCCGAGAACAAGACGUAAAUGUGUUAUCAUGCGUGAACAGGCUAAGAAGAAAAAAGAAUGGUGGGAAGAGGAAGGGAUUGGGUCUGAUCUAGAAGACGACGAAGACAUAGAUUCUGACAGUUCCGACGGUCCAAGACGACGAAAAAAGAAGCCCAAACUCAUGAGACCAGCAGACCCCCCCGGACCCAUGAAUAGAACGUACGUAUUCUCUACUGUCCUAGCUAACCGUGCAGCCGAGGCCGUACAGCAAGGAAGAGUCGAGAGCAUCGUUUCUUUUCACCGUGCACAGCAAACUACCUCUCCUUAUUUACGAUUAGAGAAAGGACGGACAUUCGAUAAAAACUACGAUCAACAAAAAGCGUAUUUUUCACAAGGAUAUCAGCAGCCCGGCAUGGGGGCAAUGAUGUCUCGGGGAUAUGGAAGAAUACCCGGUAUGCUCCCCGAUGGUAAUACGGGAUCCGGUGGUCGUGGUGGGUAUAAUCCUGGUCAAUGGCAGCAAUUUCAAAUGCAGCCGCCUUACAUGAAGGAGCGUCAGCAGCGUCAGCCCGUCGAUGACUUGAGUCAAAUAUUAUUUGGAGGUGCCGUGAAUGGAAAUGGUCAAAACCAASCAGCCCCGGGAUCGUUCACCCAAAGGCCCGGUAUGUCGGGACAGCAAUAUGGGUAUCCUCAACGAAUGGGRUCCCAACAACAACCAUAUCAAGACAGUCGUGUCCAGGAAGGAUACCGUCAACCAUUCCAGCAAGGCUAUAACCAACAACAGCAAUACUUCCAAAGACCGAGGAACCUUCCUCAGCUUCAUUCUCCAGGAGGUCAAUCUCCCUCGUCUGAUCCACUGGGUGCUAACGUUCGUUCCCCGCCACCGCCCUACCCAGGGGCACGAUCGGGGGAAAGCAGACCACCACACCACAUGGGAAAUAGUCCGGCAGCWGUACCCUCCCCUACGAGUACWGGAUCUCCACAAACACCACUGACGCCUCACACUCCAAGAUUCCCUGGCGCUGCUCCUUCGCCUGGAGAACCUUCAAAACCRCCCUUCUCGCCAACCAAUCCUCAACAGUCGAACUAUUCGGCCGGUACUUUUCCUGGAGCRCAACGACCCGGUAGCGAAAGUAGUGGAUCGGAUACCGGAGGGGAAGGACGGGGUUUUGUAGACUUAGGCAGUAAAGGAUAUCAGAAUGCAACGUCUUCUCAACCACAGAGUUACCCUGGAAUGGGAGAAAACAAUCAAGAUAGUUCCCUUCAGUCGCCGACAGAACCUCGCACGAUGGGCACGAACAAAAGCCCUUUUCUAGCUGCGACCCAAGGAAUGAGUUCAAUCCCUGCUUCCAUGCCUAAAUCGUUUUCUGUAGAGAGUCUAACUGCUCCCAGUGUACCUUCGGACCACGCCGGACAUCCCCUAGCCCCCGAACAACAGAUGGGACCGUACAGCGGUAUCUACUACCAGACCAAAUACCAACCACCUGCAAUGUAUGGCGGUCAGCGGUAUCAGUACCCCUCGACGAUACAACACACUGGAUCGUUAUACAAUCCACAGCUUUCAUCCAAUAUGUAUUUUGAUCGAGGCUCAAUGCCAGUUUACCCCCCCGGAAGAGAACCAGGUUUAUAGGCAAGCAUUAAGGGGUCAGGGGGAGUGAAUCUCACGGUCGUCUAUAUAUAUUCUGGCCACCGUAGUUAGGCUGCGACGAAGGUUUUUUUCUGGGAAGUCGUGGCUUAUUUUUUGAAGUGUAUUCAUCGUACAGGAUUUUGGAAGUGGUCAUCUCCUUUGGAGGUUUAUUUAUCACUCAUUCGUAGUCUACAAUGGCGUUUUAGUUUUAUCAAUAUGCCUGCGUCUGUACUUUUUAUUUCAAAGGACAUUAUACGAAUACUGAACGGUAACUGGAGAAGUCCAGAGCUGUGUUUUAUAUCGUUGGUUGCCAACUACACUUGGACCGUUUUUUUUUAUUACAGCACUAGUGUAUCCGCUGUCCAUUUGUAAAGAAGGCUCGGAUAUAUCCGCUGUUCACUUGUACUGCAGACUUUUGUAUGUCUACUUCCAGUUGUAAUUCAGACUCUGGUGUAUCCGCUGCCUGAUGGUUAAUGCAGACUCAAUUAAGUGGGUUAUGUUAAAACCCUUGUUCACAUUCAUUCACAUCAAUUCUCGUCGUUAAGUUUAAGACAAGAUUUUAAUUUCAGACUAAAAUUUCUUAGUGAUUUGGUUGCUUGUCGCUAUUCAUUUUAUGAAGUCUAGUGCCAAGCUUUGUACUUUUAUAUGAUGUAAAAUUGCAAUCGCUUUUUAUUAGUACAUAUGGUAGAUUCUAUUCUUUUUGUUAUUCCAUAAAAUGCCCAAAUAAGGGCAGUUCUAAUUUACGUAUUAAUGCCCAUGACGUCAUUACAGUCAAUGUCUUAAAGCUGAUACCACGGUAUUUGGUGUCAGCGUUCAACUCACAUUGAAACGAUUUGGUAAUUUGACGAAACAAGUAAAAACUAUUUCAAAUGUAAGAGCAAGUACUAGGAAAAAGAUUUUUGUAACCAAUUUAUACUUAAAGAGUUUUAUACCAAGCUCACUUAUAAAGUGAAUGGGCAACACCUUCUAUCAAAUUUUGGACUUCCUGUGUAAUUCUCCUUAGUCUAGUCGCCAGCUUUUGGCUCCGAGAAUACACAGGGAGCCCAAACMCUGAGUUGARAGCUCUAUUCUCGCUUUAUAAUGAGCUAUGGUAUUAUAAGUUUUAACGAAUGUCUAUGAAGGGGGAUCGGUGAAUUCAUUGGUCCAAUAAAUGUCCAAUCUAAUGUUAUGUGUAUCUUGAAUAUAAAAGGUUGUUUUAAUUAAACUAACCAGAAGAAAUCUUGUA